AUGCCUCCGACGGCGUUCCGUGCAGCGUACGAGGCUCUGCUCGCGGGGGAGCAUCCGUGGGAUGCGGGCGAUGGCGAGCGUAGCCAGCGCGUGUCUGAGAAGGCGAAUGCCGCACCACGUGCACAGUACCUGGCGGACAUAUUGAGUAUGCCGGUAGAGCGUGCUACGAUCCUGGACCUGCUUGCUGGCGUAUCACCCACAGAGUUGCUGGACGAUCGCUAUGCGCGCCGCCGCGAUAAUAUCACGGCUCUGUGGAAAGAAGCGCUGCGCGUAUGGGUCGAGGGCGACGAGGCGCUCGUUCCACAUGCAAUGGAUACACUCGAGGCACUGGCCUGCGCCCUGCUGCCCAAGGCCUAUACCAACUUCACGCUGGACGUGAUCACGCUCCUAGCAGGACGCAUGGACGAGGCGGACGAUGUGUUUUACGCACUCAUGUCGGUAAUCGACCGCACGCUGCGCACCGCACCUGGACCGCAGCAACACUGCGCUCUGCGACUCGCCGUUGUCGUGGCAGCCUAUACCAGCAGCUCGUCACUGAGCACAUACCUCCUGCACCGUGACCUGUUUGCCGCUGCGAUGCAAGCCAUGCUUGCCGCUUCAUCGACGAUGCGCUGCGAGAUCGCCCUCUUGACAGCGCUCCUAGCGACGGCCGGACACGUCCACGGCGCGGCAAGGUCCCUGGACGUCGACGUGCCGACGGCCGUGCUCAGCUUCGCCAUCAUGCAACCGUACCAGCGACGCCUGCGUGAUACCCAGGACCCCACACUUCUAGCCCAGGCGUGCUCAGAAGGCCUCACGCGCAUGCUCGAAGCCUACGCCCCACCAGACCACAGUAUAUGGCACGACUGGAUGGGCCAUGCGCCCAGCCAGGCAACUUUGCCACCCCCCUGCGCAUGGCUGCUCUUGGCUGUAUGGGUCUGGCUGCUCUCCAACGACGCUUUCGGCCACGCUGUCUUCGAGACAGACACGCCGCUUGUCGUGCCCCUCUUAUCCGUGGCAUCGUUCGUCCUUACCCAUGCCGCGAGCCAUGCACGAGCCACUACGUACGCUCACACGACGCUGCAAAUUCUCCUAGGCCUACUUGGCCCGACGGACACGUCAACGCCUGCGCACCGCUUGCUUGUCGACGAAGACACACUGCCGACGCCGCUCGUGGAACGCAUCGUGCAGUGCCGCGACAAGCCCGGCGCAUUGCCUCUCGCUCCGCACACCGGCACGAAACGGCCCCGCCGCCUCGUCGUGCCUAUCCUGCACAAUGUGACUCUCUUUCUCACCUAUAAUCGCAGCAAGCGUCUGGACGUGCCGAGCUUUCGGACGGCGCUGAUCAUUGUGCAGCGCGUUGCGCUCCUAUGCGCCAAGCACCGCAUUCAGCUCGAGUACGAUUGGCUCGAAGUGUGGCGCGCCAUCCUGGCGACGGCCGACUUUGUCGUGGCCCGUCAGGCGCAGCUGAGUCGCGAAUGCAUUCUGGCACUCGCACCAUGCCUCCUCGAGACACUCGCGAUUGUCCUCGUGCUUUCAGACCGGUGCCUACAGACGCCUGCCGAGAUACACUGGCUCGUAUACGAACUCGCACGCUCACGGCACACUCUCGAAAAACUCGUUCCUAUGGCCGGUGCAGCACGACAUACCCACUGGGCCCUGCUGGCAGACAUGUUGCAGUGCAUCGACACACAGCUUGCGCAGCGAGAUGCAGCGCGCUCAUCGCCGUCAUUCAUGACUCUUAUACCAUUCUUUCGCCGCGAUCAGACGGAGGAGCCAGUCAGUAUGCGUUCCAUUCUGCAGAUCAUCCAGCGCUUGGAUCUCGAGGCGCUCCUUGCCGCCGACAAACCCGUAUGCGCAGCGAUCACCCGCGCGGCUUAUGCGUCCAGCGCAUCAAAACGAAGCAGUGUCGUGCCUAGUCCCAGUGCUACGCUCUUGCGCAUCGUACAGCUCGACUGGCUGCAGAGCUAA